AUGGCUGCGCAGAACAGCGAUACCUAUCCAACGAUGUCUAUGUCCGACACCCAAACUGCUCUAGACUCGAUCUACAGAACUUUGAUCUCGGGAUGCCACAUCCUGCAUUACCAUCGCAUCUUAGACGCGUAUGGCCAUCUUUCCGUGAGACAUCCCACUCGUUCGGAUGUUUUUCUGAUGCCUAAGAACAUGGCUCCCGCCACCGUUUCAUCCCCCGCAGACAUCGUGCAAUACCACGUAGAGGAUGCAUCGCCAGUCAUCUCAAGUAGUCCUCCCGGAUACGUGGAACGUUUCAUUCACAGUGCGAUCUACAAGAACUACCCAGAAGUACAGAGCGUGGUUCACAGUCAUUCCCCAGAAGUCCUCCCAUACACAAUUACCGGCAGCUCGGUCCCCACGUUUGACAUUGCCAACUUCUACCACGAGGGUGAUAUCCAGGACCUCCUCGUCAGAAAUGGGCGACUUGGGGAAAAUCUAUCGGGGUAUUUCUCCACUGAUUCAACGCAAUGUCUACAACCAGUGGUCCUCAUGCGAGGUCAUGGAUUUACUGCCGUGGGCAAAGGCAUAGAGGAGAGCAUUUUUCGAGCAAUUUACACUGCUCAAAAUGCCAGUACUCAAACAACAGCGUUGGCUCUCAGUAGCUCCGCUGGCGUUAGGAAAAAUGGCGUUGCCAGUGAACUGCAUUACCUUAAUCAGUCUGAGAUAUCCCCCACUACUGAGAUGACUGAAUGGUCCUUUAUGCGGCCAUGGAGACUAUGGGUACGGGAAGUGGACGCAGAGGGUCUAUAUGUUAACCUUGCUUGA